AUGGCGAAGUCAAAGAAUCACACAGCGCAUAACCAGUCUGCUAAGGCACACAAGAACGGAAUCAAGAAGCCUAGGAGGCACCGUCACACUCCCACCAGAGGAAUGGACCCUAAGUUCUUGAGGAACCAGAGGUACGCGAGGAAGCACAACGUUCAGAGCGGCGAGAAUGCUAGCGUUGAGGGAUAAGCUUUUUAUUUUUGUCUGAGAAUACAUUUUGAGGUUUUUUUUUUUAUGAAGUUGAGACUGUUUCAGUUCUAUUUUUGAUUAUGUUUAUGUAUCCUUGAUUUAAUAUCAUUUUCUCUUAUAUUUUGCAUUUCUUGA